AAUUGCCUUGCAGAGUGUCCCUCUCCAUUAGCCUGUGUGCCGGCUGGGAGGAGUGUGUGUGAGAGUGUGUUAGCAGCACACACACAAGCAGCACACACACACACUCUAACGGCCAUGCCCCAGAGAUACUCCUACCAGAGGAGGAAAGCCAGCACGGCAGCAGCUCGGAGGAUGGAGAGGCGAGGCAGGGACUCUGGGAAGAGCAACACCACCAACGCUAGCCACAGCCACCGCCACCGCUCCAAGAAGCUAGCCAUGCUCUCCAGGUCUCUGAUCCUCUGUCACUCCAGGGCCAGUGAUGACUGCCCCAGCCCCGAAGAGAGACAGCCAGGGGAGGGCUGGGAGGGAGACGGGGGCUUGGGGAGAGACGGGGAGGGGGACAGAGAGGGGGAAAGGUACCGGAAGAAGAUACAGGAAGGACCCCAGGAGAGUGGAGGAACUAUGCAGGCAUCUACACAGCCACCCGUAGAGGCCACCAACACACUCAGGGCUACAGGAGAACACAAGAGGAAUAUGAGGAGGUCCUUCAGUAUCAAGGAGAGCAGUAUCUGGAGGAUGUGUGUAACGACGGGGGCGGGCGAGGAGGGUCUGGGCCUGCAGACGGGCGAUAGCAGCCACCAGACGGAGGACAAAGAGCCCAGUGUGGAGCGAGGGAGGAACGGAGGAGGGGAGGGACACAGGAGCAGUUACCUUCAGAGUACAGACAAGCUUGCACCUUUUAACGGACAGUGUCUAAACGGCCAUGCCAGGACAGAGGUGGAGAGGCAGGCCAAGAACGGCCAUGCUGCCAGGACAGAGGGGGAGGGAGGGAGGCAGGCCGCCUGCAGGAACAGCCACAUAACAGCCUACAGUGAGGAAAGCUCAACAUGUGAGCAGCAGCCCCACUCCCCUGAAGGUGUAACCCUGGCAGACCCCCUGAGCCUGGCAGACCCCAUGGCAGUGGCCAACUACACAGAGACAGAACACACUGGGAACAACAACCACCUCAGGCUGGCAAUCCCAGAGAUGAAUGAGGACAGAGGCUGGGACACAGAGAGGACAGGACACUGUCUUCAGGGACAGACGGUCUGCAAGAGGACCCGCUCCAACUCUACCAGUGUCCAUCCAUACUGGAUCGGAGACCUGGACACUAUUAUCCUGAAGACACCUGAGCUUUACCAGAGCAACACCCACGGAACCGCUGGUUUCUUUGGCAGCAGGAAGUCCCUGUCCCAGCAGCUGGAGUUUCCUCACAACCCCAACCAGCCCGUUCCCCGCCCCUCUCGCUCUCUUAGCUCCGCCCAUCUGGUCCACUCCUGCAGUAACGUCCAAGCCUUCAUCAUCUGUAACAUUGUGCUGAUGAAGGGCCAUGGCAAGGGUCUGGGGUUCAGUAUCGUGGGGGGCAGGGACAGCAUGUAUGGACCCAUGGGUAUCUACGUCAAGACCAUCUUCCCUGGAGGGGCCGCGGCUGCAGAUGGCAGACUGCAGGAGGGGGAUGAGAUCCUGGAGUUGAAUGGAGAGUCUCUACAUGGCCUAACUCAUGAGGACGCACUGCAGAGAUUCAAACAGAUAAAGAAGGGUCUGUUGACUCUGGCGGUGAGGACCAGCCUGCGUGUCGGCGCCCUCUGUGGCCAGGCGGCGGUAGCACAGCUGUGUCGGUCUCGCUCUCUCAGCUCCAGUACUGGCAUGGCCCGGGUCAGCACUGAUAUGGGGGACUACAACUACCUCAGCGGUGUCACCGCCGCCAACACACACACAAACACCAACACCCUGCCGCCUUUGGCCAAACCCCGGGAUCGCGUCAUGAUGGAGAUCACUUUGCACAAAGAGGCUGGUGUGGGGCUGGGUAUUGGGCUGUGUUGUGUGCCCUCUGGAGAUGGUUGCCGUGGCAUCUAUAUCCACACCCUGUCCCCUGGGUCGGUGGCACACAUGGACAGUAGACUCAGAUGUGGAGAUGAGAUUAUGGAGAUCAACAACACUGUGGUGUACAACAUGGUGCUGAACGAUGUGUACACGGUUCUGAGCCAGUGCGCACCCGGGCCGGUCCAGAUCAUCAUCAGUCGACACCCCGACCCCAAAGUGUCAGAGCAGCAGCUGAACGAUGCCAUAGCCCAGGCUGUAGAGACCAGCAAACUAAAGCAGGACGCCAGUCAGUGGAGUAUAAACGGCCUGCGUAGGUCUGACCCCUGCUCCCACUCCAGAGGGAAGUGUGAGCGCUGUGUGGCGAGGAGCUUCAGCCAACUGACUGCCCGGCGAGCCCAGAAGAACAUGACUCGCUCCUGUAGUGACAGCAACACAUACAACCAGAACCCCCAUCAUAACCAUCAGCACAACUGCUGCCCCGGACCAGGAACCAACCUGGUUAAUGGUCAAACCCUGACUGUACCCAACCACAACACGCACCAUAAUCUGAUGGGAAGGGUCCACAGCCUCGACAUCCCCAUGGGGUCCACGGCUGAGCCCUGGUGUGAUAACAGACUGUCUGCACUGGUCUGCCCUGUGCCUGAUGACGACUACAAUGUCCCCUACAACUCCCCAGCAGCCAACCUCUCCAGCCAGCGUACCUUAGACCUGGCCACUAGGGGAAAUAAGAACAGGCCCAAAGCCCUGGCACCUCCAAGGAGGUACAGCAGACACCAGGACGUCACUAGUGAGGAGGGGGCCACUGGGGGCCUGCCGGACUCCAAUGGUUCCAGUAGAGGCUCCCCUGUUAGAGAGGACGGAUGGAGCCCCACACAUACCAACUGUCAGGAAGUAGAGAGUGAGAGAGUAAGAGAGAGAGAAAGAGAGAGAGAACACUCAGGGGGAAGUGGAGAGAAUCUCACCCACUCUGACGCUCACUCUGCUGCCAUCACCGACUGCCCUCGAUACUCAUCCUGCACAGAAGACAGACCACACACAGGUGCUGAGUCUGCCCUCCACCUCUGCUCCCAGAGUAAGAGGCCGGGCCUGAGGAGGCAGGCUCGCGUGGAGCAGCUCACCCCAGAAAAGCUUCACGACCCCUGGGUUAGGAUCUCCGACAGCCCCCCUGAUCUUGGAGGUCCUGGAGACCCCCAUCACAACCAGAGUCCGAAUCAUCCGAGCCCACACCAACACAACACACACUCCCACAAUAGCACACAUCAACAACAAACACACCAUCUCAGCUCACACCACGACGCAACACACACUCCAUCCCAACCAGUCGCCAUGAGCCAAAGGAGUGAGUUUCCUGAGCUUCCUGAACUCAACAGUACUUCCGACCACCACACCACCCCAGACCCCACCACCCCCUCCACCCCUGCCUCCCUAAUCUCCACCCCUAGCCCAAUGACUGAGGACCCCCCAGGGGUGAGGAAGGCCCCCCCGGUUGCCCCCAAGCCUAUGUGGAACCGUCAGAGCCUCAGGAGUAUCAGGAACGGGAGGCCCCAGCCGGAGCUGGCCAAACCCCUGGACAACAGAGGCGGUGGAACCACCUUCGGGGUAAGUCUACGGCCCACCUCCUCUGCAGCCAACCUGUCAAUCAAGCAGAAGAUCCAUUCAUUUGAGACCUUCUCUAGUCCUGAUGGUAAGGGUCAGGAGAGGUGGGGCAACAACAGGAGGCCCCUAGCCCCCUCCACCUCCCUCCCUCUGAAGGACAAGGCACCCAUCAGGAGUGACCCCCCUCUCUUAGAGGAGAAUGGUACAAUCCAACAUGACAUGGGCAAAGGAGCUAAAGUGACCUCUCCAAUCUCUGACGAGGAAAAGGACGGAAGGGUGUCCUCUUCUCCCCUUGCAGCCUCUCCUCACUCCACCCAUCCUCCCUCUCCUGCCUCCCACCCUUCUCCUCCAACCUGCUUUUCUCUUCUUCCGACCCCCCACCCUGCCUCGGAGCUCCAGACCCCAGUGGAGCUCCAGACCCCAGUGGAAGAGACAACAGACACCAAUACAGAAAUCUCUGACUCACCAUCCCCCGAGGACACCACCACCACCCCAUCCACCCUAGAGGCAUCUCUCCCGAGGCCGACCCCAGAAACAGAGCCCCUGGAUGAGGCUGUGGAGGCCUCCGUCUCCCCCCUCUGGCCCGGUGCCCAGGAGAGGAGGGGGGAGGGAGACCAGAGCCAUGCCCAGGCUCAGGGCAAGCAGGCCAGCCUGCGGACGCGUAGCCUUCCCCUGCCUGCCUCUCCCUCCCCAGAUGGGUCAACAACUCUAAGAGGACUGGAGGGAGAGAGCCUGGGGAAGAUACUUUCCUUCAGUAAACAGGUGUCCCAUGCCCUGAUGCGUUCCAUGCACUCCCUACUCCCCUCCCCUUGUCCAACUGUGCCGGGUAACCCUGGGUCAGACCCUCCCCCUGCAUCCCCUCUAGUCAGCAGCCCGGAGGAGCCCGACCCGGCCCAGAACACCCCCCUCUCCCCUGGCCCCGACAGCAACGAGAAUAGCUUCUCUGUCAGCCUAUCUGAUCUGAGGCAGUGUACCAUUGAGCGGGGGGAGGAGGGAAGGGACCUGGUCUCACGCCCAUCCCUGUCAGCAUGUGCCCACUCUGUCAUAUCAGCCAUCCCUCCACAGCAGAUACAGACCAUGAUCCAGGAAGUGAAAGCUCUGGAUGAGGAAACUCUGAAGCAAUUUGAGCACAUCCACGUGGUGAUUCUGCACAAGGAGGAAGGAGCAGGUCUGGGUUUCAGCAUCGCUGGUGGGAUAGACCUGGAGAGCAAGGCCACCACAGUGCAUCGUGUUUUCCCCCAUGGCCUGGCGGCUCAAGAGGGAACCGUGGAGAAGGGUGACGAGGUGCUGUCCAUCAACGGCCAGACACUAAGGGGCGCGACACACGCCGAUGCCACCGCCACACUGCGCCAGGCCCGCACCAUGAGACUGGCCGUGGUGGUGGUGAGCAAGGGGAGAGAGGGAGGAGGAGGAGGAGGAGAAGAAGGAGGGAACAAGGCUGGUGAUCCCUCUAUCAGCAGUAGCAGUACAGACCUCAACCCUACAGUGGAGGAUGGGGGAGCCAUGCUGACUGUGGAGCUGGAGACAGGAGGAGGGGGGCGGGGGAUCAGUUUGGAAGGGAGGAUCUUUAAAGGUGGCGCUGCGGAGCAGAGUGGGUUGCAGUCUGGCGAUGAACUGCUGCAGGUCCAGAGCUCCUCCCUCCAGGAGCUGAGCCGCUUCGAGGCCUGGAACAUCGUCAAAGCUCUGCCUGAGGGGCAUAUCACUCUAGUCAUCCGGAGGAGGAAGGAGGAUGAGGCAGAAGGCUCUGCCUGAGGGGCAUCUCACUGUAGUUAUCAGGAGGAGGAAGGAGGAGGAGACUGAGGAGUUAGCCCUAGACACUGUUUACACUUAAUUGGUAUCCAGAUACAAUCGACCACAAUUACACUUCUCAAAAAAUGUGGGCACAAUUAGAAUGUGGACAAGAUCAGGACAAAGGACUCAUAUUAGCACCAGGUAUAAACGGGGCUAUUGAUUCUCAAGAUGUGGCCACAUUUAUGGACAGGUGUCCGCGAUUAAAAUACCUAUUGUGAUUGGAUUGUGAUCAGAUCUUCCUGACCACCUCCGGAGGUAGUCAGGCACACAUUGUGUCUGGGUAUCUUACAAGUGUAGAUGGAUGUGGACAGUGAAACCAUUUAAAUCAUCAUUAUCCGGCCCUCUAAAACCAUUGACAGGUGGGGCCAUUGUCUUUUGGCAUCAAUAUGUGUCUUUAAAUAAAUAAAUACAUAUUAUUUUGAAAGAAUAUCUGUGGAAUA